GACUGGUCGAUCAUAACGCAUAACACGCGCAUAAACGGCAUGAUCAUCCUUCGAAACGCAUAAAUGAAUCCCCCCUAGAGCGCGGUCAUGUCCGACAGGCCUGACAGGCUCAAGCAUUUCCUGACUUCAGAUCUAGUUACCACAACCGAAAUUCAGGACUCCAAUCGACUCGCCCAGAGUCGAACCCAAUCCUGUCAACAGAUCAGACGGUAGACCUACGAGACAAUGUCAGCUUCGCCUUUCCUCCAGGCCGUUCGAAGGGCCGACAACCUCCAAGUCCCGACGACCGACCUAGUCUCGAAUGUACUGCAAUCGCCCUCUGACCAGACCGGCCCCACCUCGCUCCGACCGUGGUCCAUUCCUCUUCACCUCGCACGAGCCGACAUGCAAGCCGGCCUGACCCCGAUCGGGUGGCUAAGACCCGCCGUGAGGGCCUUUCUCGAAUACCACUGGCCCGAAGGAGACUUGGGAGAGCCGAUGAUCGAGUUUGGGAUUUGCCGGGAGCUGGCGAAAGAGGGGACGGUGGGGAACUGUCAUCAGGACGGACCUGAAUUCGCUUUCGUCUCCCAGCGGUUGUUGGAUCAGGGGUAUGAAGGAUUGACGAGGGAGAUGAACCGGUUGGCGAGGUACAUGAAGGACAAGGGGAUGUAUAGCGAGUGUCUCGACGGCUGGAGAGACGAACAUUACGAGAUCUUUGCCAGCCCAAAAUCCAGCUACUUUGCGUCUGGCGGAUCCGGCGUAUCUUCUUCAGGAGCCACGAAUCGUGCGUUCGACUUUGAACGAGCUGCAUGUGCAGUAUUCGGACUAGCGACGUUCGGAGUGCACAUGACCGCUUACGAGGGUGAGGGUGAAGAGAUGAAGAUAUGGGUACCGAAGAGGAGCGCUACCAAGGCUACAUGGCCUAGCAAGCUCGACAACUCCGUGGCAGGUGGAAUCCCUGCUGGGAUGGUCCCCUUCGAAUCGAUGAUCAAGGAGUGCGAAGAGGAAGCCUCUUUACCAGAGAGUCUGACUAGGAAGCUUGUCAGACCUGCAGGCUUCGUGUCGUACUUUCACGUGACGGAAGAGGGCUGGUUUCAACCAGAAUACGAAUAUGUGUACGAUCUGAAGAUGCCUGCACGAGAGUCUCCGGAAUACCAGUCGCUCAAACCAUUUGACGACGAGGUCGACUCUUUCCAGCUCCUGCCUGUCCGUGAGGUGAUAGACACCUUGCAGAACGAUCCGACAGCUUUCAAACCAAACUGCGGUCUGAUCAUCGUUGACUUUCUCAUUCGGCACGGCAUGAUCACGGUCGAGAACGAGCCCGACUUUUUCGAGAUCGGUUGGAGCUGCCACAAAGAUUUGGGCAAGAUUGUGCCGUUUCCCGUACGGCGACGUUGAAGGGAUAUGCUACAUUCUCGUAAAGGGGUCGGUAUGGGAUUGUCCGUGUUGUCCUCGCUAUUGCACAUGUCUUCGUAUUUGGGACCACUGUACCUUUGGGAUUUCACAUCGCACGAGAUCACCUAACCCUAAGCAAAGGCUCGGGAGCAGGCUGAAGGACAGGCUUGGGAUCAAGCGAAGCGGCGAGCCUGCUCAAACCUCUUCAUCUUCUUGACAACUGUUCGUUACAACAGCUCAUUUGAUGUCUCCUCUUGA